AUGGCUUAUUUUCGUAUGGCACCAUUACAUUCUGUUGCAAGACAUCGUGCUAUGAACAUGUUUUUACGUGCAUAUCGAGAAUUAUGGCUUGAAGCUGAAGAAGAUAUACGUGCAUGUUUUAUUGAAGAUCUUUGUAAUGAUUCUUAUGAAAUGGAUGAACAAGAUGUAACAACGAUGAAAGAAGAAACUGAAACUAAAACAAAUCGUGGUGCUGCUGAAACUGUAUUAUUAUAUAUAAGUGCAAGUGAAAAUAAUGAAAUGCUUCGACGUACAUUACAACUUGGUAUAUCAUUAUUACAUGGUGGUAAUCGAGAAGUUCAAAAAUUACUUGAUCUUAAUACAUUUGAACGUUGUAUUAAAGCUGAAGUACUUGGUGUUGGUUCGGAAGGCAUAGCUGGAGAAAACAAUUUACAUGAUGCUGAUUUUAUAAUAUCAUUAUUUCGUUUUUGUCAACUUUUAUGUGAAGGACAUAAUCUUGAAUUUCAAAAUUAUCUUCGUUUACGAGCUAGAAGCAGUACAAAUGUCAAUAUUAUUAUUUGUACUGUUGAUUAUUUACUUAGUUUACAAGAAUUAUUAAUGGAUUUUUAUUGGCAUUAUUCAGACAAAGAAACAGUUGAUGCACAUGGAAAAGAAAAUCUUUGUCGAGCUAUUAAUGUUGCUAAACAAGUUUUUAAUACAUUAACGGAAUAUAUUCAGGGUCCAUGUCCACAAGAUCAAUUAGCAUUAGCAAAUAGUCGUUUAUGGGAUGCAAUUGCUGGAUUUCUCUAUAUUUUUGUAUGUAUGCAAAGAAAAUUAUUUCAAGAUCCAACACAAAUUGAAUUAUUACGUGAAUUUAUGAAAUUACAAAAAGAAAUGUUCUCAAUGGACCAAGUUUUUUUUUGUGAUAAAUAA